AUGCGUGCCAUCUUCUCUAGCACUCACCUCUCGGAUACGGCUCCAGACACGUCCACGUCCGUAAACACGACGCAAGCUUCUCCGCCGCCACCACCUCCUCCUCCUUUAGUCUCUAUUUCCUCUCCGGAUGAGUCGGCAACACCACGUCGGAUCAAGUCGAAAUCCUCGCUGCGAAGUAUUCGGAGCAUCGGCAGCAGCAGCGUCCACGAAGACGACGGCAACGACGCCCAGUCUCCGAAGUCUCUCAUCCGCCCUAACAUUCUCCGCCGCCUAUCGCCCGGCUUGGCCGCACGCGUGAAGCUACUAGACGGGAGCUCCAGAACAGCAUCUUCUUCCCGGAACGCUGGUGCGGUCGGUCGGAUUCCUGAGGAGCAGAUUAAGGAGUUGGAUAGUUUACACCAGCACGUCUCGGUCAAAGUUGAGAAGAAAGGCCGCGCGUGGAAUGGGAUCUCGUUUGUCAACAAAGCGCAGAAGCAACAACAAACACAACAGGAACAACCACCUUCGGACGUGCCCGAAUCACCGGUCGCAGAUCCGACCCCUGGGUUGGAUCAGGACGCCUCAUCCGAUCACCUAGAAACAAGAGGAGAAGAAGAAGUGGAAGAUACACCAACAGCUAUGUCUGUUGUUGAGUCUGCUCCCGUACCGCUGGGCCCACGAAUCAGUGAUUCUAACGUGGAAGACCAGAACGAGGGCCCGACAGAUUACGAAAAGUACAUUCAGAAGACCAGCGAGCUCGAAGCGACCGGCGCACCUCCCCCGCCCCCGAAAGACUCCCCUCCUGUCCAGUCGAGCGCAUCGUCCACUACCCAGUCAUACUUUAACCCUCACGGUCUACAACGGACGUCAUCGGUCUACUCAAGUACCAAUUCGAUCUUCUCCUUCUCCCGAUCCUCCUUUAGCAAUCAGAUUUCCCAACUCACCUCGAUUUCCCUACCGCAGCCCUCGUCGCUUGAAGCUAGCAUCGCAUCGAUAUCGAACGCUCCGGCUGCAGUAAAAGCUUUGACCGGUGCCGCUGAACAGAUUCAAAUAUGGAUCAGAAAGGCAUCUAGUGUGCUUAGCGGUUUGGAUGCGGAGGAUGAUGUGGUCUGGGCGGCCGCCGCUGGACGCGAAGGUCUUGAUGGCGUGGACAAAGCAAUCACAAAGUUUGAGAGCCUGGUGAAUGUCUACGUAAAGGCCAUUGAAGAUGUGCAAUUGCGCGAGGACAUUGCCAAUGUCAGUACCGAUAGCUUGGAGACGAUUGUUAGCCAGAUGGACACCAUAUUACAGAGCUGGGCGAAGAUUAAGUCGCGGCUUCGAGCAGUGAAGGAGCAGGUGGAACUGGCCAUGGAGUGGGAGGAAUUAUGGAACAGUGUUCUCGGCGAAGUGGGCGAAGAAGUUGAGGAGCUGGAAGGGCUGGUAUUUGAGAUGGAAGCAAAGCGACAUUUUAACUUGGCGAACGAGGACACUACUGGACUGGAUAUCAACGAACUUGAGACCAUCGUGGAAGAGACACCUUCCGGUGGAAGAAUGUCAAACAAGCGUUCCAGCAUGGGAUCCCUAUAUCCUGCGCCGCCUGCUUUAGACAAGCCGAUCAUUCAGACCCCGCAGGACGAUUCAAAUCACUCGAACCUCGUGGAGCUUUUCGCCCGCCUCCAGCCGUUGCGCGCUUCGCUUGAUUUCUUGCCUAUGAGACUUUCCAUGUUCCAGUCACGCGCUGAGAGAGUUUUCCCAUCCGCUUGCACCGAACUAGUAGAGCGCCGCGACAAACUUGAGAAGGACUACAAGAAUCUGCAGACAGAUGCCGAAACAUUGAGGAAAGAGUUGGAGGAAGACCGGUGGAUCAUGGUCUUCCGGAAUGCUGGCUCCCAGGCACAGAAAAUGUUUGAAUCUGUCGAGAGAAGUAUCUCGAAGCUGCAAGAGGGUAUCGAGACGGGCAUGCAUUUACACAACCCUGCAGGCAUGACAAGUCGAAUUGAGAGCUACGAGGCCAAGAAACAGCACUACGUCCCAGCCAUCGAGCGAGUGCUUACAAUCACACAGAAGGGAGUUAAAGACAGACUAACUGUUAAUGGCGAGAUCCUGCGGCUUCUCGCAAACAUGGCAUCUAAAGUCGACGCCUUGAGCGCUAGCAUCCGGGUGAUGGACGCGUCGCUAGAGGAUAUUCAAGACUUUAGAGCGCAGCAUAUGCGUGAUUCCAUCUCCACCGUUCUCACGAUAGACAGUCCGGCCACGAGCAGUCUUGUUGAUACCCCAGGCAGCUCACCCGCAUCAUCGGUCAUCAUGACGCCUGCGAACAAGACCAGUCGGCGCGGCAGUUCCGUUGGCUCAGCUGCUCGGACGUCCACCGGCCGCCGAGUUUCAGGACUGCCGCAGCUCGCCUCUAAUCUGACUGGCAGAAAGUCCAGCAAUCCUAAGAUCACUCCGAAGACAACACUGACGGCCCCGUCACCCACGCCAGCUGCACGAAAAACGCCACAGCCUGCACUUUCACCCGCAAUGCUUAACCGACCACGAUGGAACGGCAGCACCAAUACCAACGAUCUGGAUGUGGGACAUAGGUACAACAAGCCUUGGACGCCGUCAAUGCGAAAACCAGUCGCAACCCCUCUUAAGACGCGCUCUUCAUCGACGGUUCCGCCCCGGGACUCAUCUGCGUCCCCUGUGCCACCCACCGCCAGGUCUACGAGUCGUAUAUCAAGUCGCUUAGGCUUGCGCAGCCCUGGUCGCACGGCCUCGCCGUCGCCUGGCCGCUCCAUCCUGGAUCCUCCUCCCUAUAGCAAACUCCGACGUCCGGCUGGAGCGGAGAAUAUGUCUAACGCGCCGCGGAGCCGACAAAGCUUCGCAGGGACAUCCUUCAGUCGCAGUGUCUCUCAAGACCAGGGCCGAAGUGAGAGCCAUACGAAAGCCGCUCGGCCUGGAACAGCCCUCGGGCACUCGGGAAGCCGCCGCAUCAGUUUGCUACCUUUGCCGCGGAACCGCAACAAGGACAAUACCCCAUCAACUCGAAGCAAGCUUGCGGAACGGCCUCCCUGGCGUGGUUAG